AUGGAUGACUUGGUGAGACUGAAGAAUACUCUGUUCCAGAACUACACCAAGGACUUCCGGCCUGUUUAUAACAUGAGUGACCCGAUACACGUGACACUCGAUAUGUUCCUGAUCUCUAUUUUAGACUUAGACGAAGUAACCGGUACAAUCACCCUAAACUGUGGUCUCACAUUGGUUUGGACUGAUUACCGCCUUGCCUGGAACCCAAACGAAUUCGGUAUCACCUCCUUCGUGUUUAACUCGUCAAAUGUGUGGAAACCGCGAAUUUACAUUACAACAUCAGCUGACGAUUUGUCGGAUUUCUCUUACGACGCUUUCGAUGUAAGGGUGAAUUCUAACGGCACGGUAUUUGCGUCACCAGGUCGACAUGUAAAGGCUAGUUGCAGCUUCGACAUGACCAGAUUUCCGACUGAUUCACAAACGUGUGUCAUGCAAAUUGCGUCAUGGAUAUUCGCAGCUUCUGAGAUGGUAUUCAUCAUAGCACGACCACAAAUCAACAUGGUUUACUAUAAACCUAAUGGGGAGUGGGAUAUUGACUGGACGUCUGUCACAAACAACACUGAUUUCGGAUCUUACUAUUCUGUUUUAGACUUUUCAAUACAUCUGACAAGACGUUCUGCAUACUUUAUUAUAUCCAUGACUAUACCAGUGCUACUCCUUUGCUUUCUCAACCCGUUCGUGUUUUUCUUGCCCACCUCCUCAGGAGAGCGGAUUUCCUACACAAUCACCAUGUUCCUGUCGUUGGCCGUAUUUAUGACACUUAUCGGAGAAAAUAUGCCAAAGGUUUCAGAUCCGAUGGCAGGGAUUUCCUAUUUCCUCUUCGUGGCUAUGUUGUACAGUUGUCUGCUGAUCGUGUUGACGAUAUUCACCCUGCGUUGUGGCGCUAAGAACGAUAAACACAGGUUCCCUGGAUGGUUGUUGCGGUUAGCCUCACGAAAAGCAUUUCACAAAUCAGUCAACAGCAUCAAUAAAGUAGAUGACGCCAAUAAAGUCAAAAUUGUCCAGGUGAUGGAGUAUGGUAAUGCACCUGAGGAGACAAUUUCUCACGGAGACGAAGAACUACAAAAGACUGUGAGGAAGGAGGACAUAAUGCGUUUCAUUGACAGAAGUCUUUUUUACAUAACAUUCUUAAUACUGGUUGUUAUUUGUGUCGUUUUUAGCUUUUACUUCUGGUUUUAA